AAUAAAGUGCCGCCCCGGGGGAGUUGCAAGCGAGUGGAGCUGCCUUGUUUGCAGGUGCAUCUCCGGCUUUGUAGGUGCGAACGUCUUUGUGCGGCGGACAAAUGGGGAGAGGAGGAGGAGGAGGUGGGCACUUCUGCGACGUAAGAUCCACAUCAGCUCAACUCCACUCACAUCCCAGCCGGCACUUCCUCACUUUCUCAAGUGUCUCGCCCCACACCGCUCCCUGCCUCCGUUUUGGCUCGUUAUAGCCCGGGAAUCCAGCCCCCCUGCUCAAGGGCUGGCUCCCUGCUAGGCUGGGGCUCCUGCGCUCCGGCCCCGCUGCCCGCGGCUCGCAGAAGGACUGGAUGGUUACCCCGGGCAGGUUGGCUGCAUGAUGUUAGGGACUGUGAAAAUGGAAGGGCAUGAAACCAGCGACUGGAACAGCUACUACACCGACACGCAGGAGGCCUACUCCUCGGUGCCCGUGAGCAACAUGAACUCGGGGCUGGCCUCCAUGAACGGCAUGAACACCUACAUGAGCAUGAACCCCAUGACGACCAGCGGCAACAUGACCUCCGGCUCCUUCAACAUGUCCUACGCCAACCCGGGGCUGGGGGCCGGGCUGAGCCCCGGCGCCAUGCCGGGCAUGCCGGCGGGCUCCAGCAGCGCCAUGGCGGGCAUGCCGGCCAUGGGCGCGGCGCUGAGCCCGGGCGGCAUGAACGCGGUGCCGGCCGCGCAGCCGGGCGUGAACGGGCUGGGCCCUUACGCGGCCAUGAACCCGUGCGUGAGCCCCAUGGCCUACGCGCAGUCUAACCUGGGCCGCGCGCGCGACGCCAAGGCCUUCAAGCGCAGCUACCCGCACGCCAAGCCGCCCUACUCCUACAUCUCGCUCAUCACCAUGGCCAUCCAGCAGUCGCCCAACAAGAUGCUGACGCUGAGCGAGAUCUACCAGUGGAUCAUGGACCUCUUCCCCUUUCAGGAUCAAACCACUUUUCAGGAAGACUUCAACAGUCUUCCACGGAACCGACCUAUAGAUAAUAUGCCACUUCAGAACGGAAUCAUUGAUGAAUGCUUUAGGUCUGUGCACAGAACAUAUCCAUUGACCUACAGCGCCUUUUUAAAACGAGAAGUAACUGGGAUCCUGGCAAAUUCUAUGAGCAAUGAACAGAAACGUUCAAGCCCAGACCGUCGCAGGUGUAAAAGGAAGCACUUUCUUUCCCCCUUACCUCAGAAAAGACUGAGGGAAUUUUAUUCCGACCAAAGGUCAAUUGGGGGUUUUACUCCUGAUUCCGAUCUGUUUGGAUAA